UUGAAGUUUUAAUGAAUUAAAAUAUAAUGAAGCCUUAACUCGCUGCGUGGAAGCUGCGCUGUCUCGUUCUCUUCUCCCUCUCUCUGCCCGCUUCUCUUCUCCCUCUCUCUUUAAGUCCGUAUUCUAGGAGAGAGAAACAAAAGCCCCGUAUCUUCAUCAAAUACGGCAUAGGACUUGAGGAGCUCUUCGCAAUUUCCGCUCCUCGUCCGUCCCUGCUUCUCCCUCUCUCUCCGCCAUAGCUCUCUUUCUUCGUGUACCAGAACCUGCACUAUCCUCACCCUCGGAUCCGGCCUUUAAUCUCCGAACUAUAUUGCUACAAUUCCAUCAGGUGUUGAGGCCAUCUUCAGCUGAAUAAGACACUGCAUUUUGAGCUGUUGCUAGUAUGAAGAAAGCCUUUGAUCAAACUGUUAGGGACCUUAAGAGAGAGGUGAAUAAGAAAGUCCUUAAAGUUCCUAGUAUAGAACAGAAGGUUCUUGAUUCUACUAGUAAUGAGUCAUGGGGCCCUCAUGGAUCACUUCUAGCUGAUAUUGCACAAGCUACCAGAAACUAUCAUGAGUACCAAAUGAUCAUGGGAGUGAUCUGGAAGCGGAUCAAUGAUACUGGCAAGAAUUGGCGACAUGUCUAUAAGGCUUUGAUUGUUUUAGAAUACCUGGUCGCCCAUGGGUCAGAGCGUGUCAUUGAUGAGAUCAGGGAGCAUUCAUACCAAAUAUCUACGCUGUCCGAUUUUCAAUAUAUUGAUUCCAGUGGUAGGGACCAGGGAAGCAACGUCAGAAGAAAAUCUCAGAGCCUUGUGGGCCUAGUGAAUGAUAAAGAAAAGAUACAAGAAGUUAGGCAGAAGGCUGUUGCUAACAGGGACAAGUUUCGUGGUGCAUCCUCAACAGGGGGAAUGUACAGGCCCAGUUCAUAUUCCAGUACUGGAGGAUAUGGUGACCGAUAUGAUGAUGAUCGUUAUGAAGGCCGUUGGAGCAGAGAAGAUGAUCGAAAUGGCUAUGGGAGAGAAAGAGAAUGGGGCUAUAGGGAUGAUGAUAGGUAUGGUAAAAAUGGGGACCCAUAUGGUCGUGAUGUUGACCGCUAUAGUAGAGAUUCUGAUGAACGUGAUGGAAGAGAUAGUUACAGAGAUGAUGAUUUCCGGGGAAGAAGUCGAAGUGUUGAUGAGUAUCAGUAUGGAUCAAGGAGUAGGAGCUCUGAUAGAGGUCGUGCUUAUGAUGAUGAUGGUCAAUAUUCAUCUCGAGGAAGUGGUGCCAGGGCUGAUGAUCAAUCUCAGGAUGGAAGGAGACUGGACCGGAAAUUUUCUGAACAAAAUCUUGGUGCGCCCCCCAGUUAUGAGGAAGCAGUAAGUGACGCUCGAAGCCCUGUUCAUAAUGACAGGGAUGGAGAAAAUAAGGCAGCAUCUGCUCCUAAGCCAUCUUCUCCACCUAUAAGCAGUGGUCCAAGCCAACCAACCAUUGCUCCUGGCAAUUCAGUAUCUCCGGUGAACCAGGGAGUUGAUGCUUUUGAUGAAUUUGAUCCACGUAGUUCAGUUACAGCUGCCCUGCCUGCAUCAAAUGGUGCUGAAAUGGACUUGCUUGGUUCUCUGUCUGAUUCAUUUUCUUCGAACUCAUUGGCUAUCGUGCCAGCUACAUCUGGAACUGCAAAUGUUGAAGUUGAUGCCCAUGUAAACUCCGGUCAUGGACCUACAUUUGCAGUAGCAUCAUCAGCGCCAUCUGUUAUAAACCAGGGUUUUGAAGAUCCAUUUGGUGACUCUCCUUUUAAAGCUAUCCCAUCUUCAGAAAAUGCACCCACUCAACCCCAGAAUUUUGCUUCUACAGCUUCCUUUCAGGUUUCUAUGAACCCAAUUUCUGAAUUGCCCCAAACAGUUGCUCCAAAGGUGGAUGCAGUCCCGAACAUGGACUUUGGGGACACUUUUCCUGGCAUAACUUAUACCACAUCGAGUGUCCCCACCACCCAAUUUUCAACAAACUCUCAGUUUUUGCCACAGGAGCCAGCCAACAGUCAACUUCCUUCAACAAACCCACAGUUUCUGCCACAGGAGUUGCCACCUUCACAUCAGGAGACUGACAUUCUAGCAGAUAUUCUCCCACCAUCUAGCUAUUCACCUGUUCUGGCUCCUCAGGCGGCUUUUCCUGCUCCAGCUGGCCAACCCGUGCAGCCAAGCACUAAUGUUCCUGGAGGCUUGCUUUCCGAGGCAGGUUAUACAACUCCAGUAGCUUCACACAUGGUUCCCCAAACUCAACCUGGACCUGCUGCACUGUAUAACAGUGGCAACUUACUUCCACAGCCUCCUCCUUCAGAAUCCAUGGCUUUUCAAACUGCUCUUCAAGCUCCAAGUGGAUCAAUGCUACAGCAGAGCAGUCUUCAGCAGGUUGGUUCUGUGGCCCCCAUGGCUUCACAAGCUGCUCUCCAACCUCCAACUGGACCAUUACCGCGACAGAACAGUGAUCCCUUGGGUAGUUUAAUUCCCCAAGCAGGACAAACUGCACCCAUGGCUUCACAGCCACCUCUCAAUCCAUCGAGAUCUCUUGAUAUGGUUUCGCAGACAUCUAAGGAUAAAUUUGAGCUCAAGUCAACAGUUUGGGCGGACACUCUGAGCCGUGGACUAGUCAAUUUGAAUAUAUCUGGACCUAAAAUCAAUCCAUUGGCUGAUAUUGGAAUUGAUUUUGAUGCGAUUAAUCGAAAGGAGAAGAGGAUGGAAAAACCUGCUGCAGCCCCUGUUACAUCUACUAUUACCAUGGGUAAAGCUAUGGGAUCUGGCUCUGGGAUUGGCCGUGCUGGUGCCGGUGCCCUUAGGCCUCCACCAACCCCUAUGAUGGGUUCUGGGAUGGGCAUGGGUAUGGGAAUGGGUAUGAGUGGUGCUCCUCCUGGUGCGGGCAUGGGCAUGAACAUGGGCAUGGGAGGUUAUGGAGGCGGCAUGAAUCAACAACAUAUGGGCACGGGUAUGGGAAUGGGAAUGGGGAUGGGGAUGGGGAUGGGGAUGGGGCAAGGAGUCCAAAUGCAACCACCAACCGGAGCACCUCCUGGAUCUACCAUGCCUGGUGGUUAUAAUCCGUCAAUGGGGAGUGGUUUUGGGGGUCAACAACCAUAUGGUGGCAGCUAUCGAUGAAAUUGACCUCCCUGAUCGUAAAUUUAAUGAAAAUACCUGUCAGGCGGGAGAUAAUUUUUUUGGCAUGGCGCACUUGCAAUGACUUCGUUUUUUGACAAUUUCAAAUUUACACUCCCACCGCCAGCAUCCAUUCAGAGCCUGCUGUAUUGUCGUCAUUAGCUGUAGUUUCCUGUGAAGAGCAUGUAGUGAUGUAUGUUUAUUCAUCUCCUUGAGGUUUUCUCACUUUUGUUUUGUUCUCGCCUUUGCUUGCCUAUUUUUGGGUCAUGGGUUUGGGUGCACUUCUCUGUUUCGGCUGUUGUGACGUUUGUGUAUCAAUGGGAACAACUGUUUGCCAGCUGUAUUUUUUUUUUUUUUUUUGAUAUCCUGUUUCAUAUAUAUAUAUAUAUAUUUUUUGGGACUA